AUGAACACACUCCCAGUGUUGCUCAUUUUAAUCUCCGUCCCUUCGGCGUGGGCGGUCUGCAGAUUCCGGCACUACCAGCUCAGCUGCGACGAUGUGACCGACCUGCGGCCGUUGAAUCAGACCUUCGGCCUGACUCCGAUGGACUUUCAUCGGUUGUCGUCGAUCGCGCUGACUUGUCAGAACGCGACGGCCGCCCUGUUGGAGGGAUUUGACGACUACACAAGGUUCAACUACACGUACUUGGAGCGGUUGCAUGUCUACGGCUGUGGGCUGGAGCUGAUCGAGAAGCUGCCCAAGGUGCUGGGCUACGAGAGGCUGCAGUUCUUGAACUUGAGUGGAAAUGAUAUUAGCGAAUUUACAUGGCAGUAUGCGCGGAGGGUCGGGAUGUUCGCCAGGAUUGAGAUACGGUAUGGAAAAGUCUAUUAGUGUAUGUUUUACAUACAUACUAGUCGCGACAUAAAGUCCGUAGAAUUUUCUGCGACUCCGCACUGUGCAUUCACCCGAAAACACAUUUUGCACUGUGCAAUUUUGUUGAUUUUGCCUUAUUGUCGCGCGCGAUUCCCGUUUUUCGCAGCGACAAAUCAACAUUUCGGAGCGCGACGGAAUUUGGGGGCCGCGAAAAAUUCUACGGACUUUAUGUCGCGACUAGUACGAAAAAAAUGUUACAAGUAAACAACUUUUUUUCUUUAGAAACAACCCUGUUGCGUGCUCCUGCAAGAACUCCUGGAUGUUGCAUCUUCAACAUCAGCACACGGAGACGUUUUGGACCGAGUCGCAAAUUCUCCAACUUCCCCUCAAAAUCAACAUCGACAUGAAGCUAAAAACUUGCUUGGACCAACUGAAACAUUGUAAACGGGAAGAGACCAUUGUACGACCGGCAUUGAUCGAGACAACAACCGGCUCCGAAGCCAAAGUUGAGUGUAUUUUUGGGAGUGAGGUCCCGAAUUACGACAACUUGACUCAGGCCGAGUACGACGAGUACAUAACCGGCUCGUAUGUGUGGCUGAUGGACCGCGAGAAGGCGGAGAAGGAGGACCGAGCGGGACGAGUGGAGAUUCGCUCGACCAACAGCACUAGUGUCACUUUGGUCGCGAGCAAUUUGACCUCCGAAGAGCUGGGGAUGAUUGUUUGUCAAUGCAAUCAUUGCGAGGCACCAAGCUACGGAACCGCUGAGGUAGGAGGAAUUUUGAGAAAUUUAGAAAAUAAAAUAUUUAUCUGUCUGUCGGGAAAAUAAUGAGCACUCUGUUGCAUCGAAAAUCGCAUCGCCGACUGAGAAAAUGAAUUGUGUCGCGAAAAAAUCAAGUUUCUUUUUCUUUUUACGAUUGACGCAGUGACAUUGUGCUCAUUAUUUUCCCGACAGAAUGAUAUUUGAAGCCAUCUUUUUUACAUACUAUAUUAGGCAUUUCAUAAAGUGCAUAGACAUUUGUCACGGUCUGCACCGUGAAAAAAAACAUCUAAUUUUGCACCGUGCAUUUCACUUUUUCUUUGGUUUUCGCACUGUGCAUUGAAAUAUCGCUGCGACAAAAGCGAGUUUCAUUUAUGUCGCUGCGACGGCGCCAGGAAUUUGCACAGUGCAAACGGCUUUUUUGAGCUUUGCACUGUGCGAAAAGAAAAAAUGCACUGUGCGUUGGCGACAAGCAUGAGAAAAAGUUCAAAAUGCACUGUGCGAAAGGGAAAACUGUCAAAAAUGUCCAUGCACUUUAUGAAAAAUAGUAAUGCGAAGAAGAGCGUAUUUUAAAAUCAAGUUCUACGGUUUUCUUUUUGCAGCUGCGUUUUGAAACUCCGUUAUCCGCCGUCCUCCACACUCACGGCUCCAGAGACAUCGAGCUGGCCGUUCAUGGCUUUCCGUUGAAUAAUCUGACCCUCAAAGUGCUCAAAGAAUCAACAAAUGAGACUGAAGUUCAUCCACUCACAACUGACUCGUAAGUUUGAGAAAUCAUUAUUAUGCUUUUUUUAAAGGACAUAAUUUAUUUAAAAUUGCAUGACAAUACAAUAUAUGUUCUAUAUUUCCAUUUUUACGCAUUAUUCCAAAUUUCAGCACCGAGUUUUUCAACGGAACCUUCAUCGCUAAAUACGAGCCCGACCAUUCCUUCGAUUUCCUGAAAUACUACCGCAUCUACAUCAAGGAGUGCGCGUUGUGCCGACGAAGUUCGGAGGAGAUGAAUCCGGCUUCGAAUUAUGAGUUGGAGGUCUGCUCUGAUGUGGAUUGCACUCUUUUGGAGAGUGACUUCGGUGAGUAGAAUACAAAAUUCAAAAGUGUUUUGUAUGUCUUCUGAGUAGACUCACAAAGGAAGGCUUACAAGUGGGACGCUCAGAUUUUUUUUUGAUUUUGUAUACACGUAGUGGAUAGGCCAUGUAUCAAUUCCUGAAAGCUUUAGCUCCCGCUUUGCAGGCAUAGCCGAGAUAUUGAACGAUCUUUGCGGCCCAGAGAGUGCGCAAAACACGGAGAGCGGUCCGAGAAAGAACAUUUUUUGGCCGUAUCUUUACCAGUUUCAAGCGGAAAAAAAUAUUUUUUGUGGAAACAUUACAUUCAGUGAUAGAAGUAGCUGUGAAACUUUUCAUGCCAAGCUUUGUGAAAAAAGAUACGAUUCUUCUUAUUUCGCAGCUGGAGAAUGACUCUUUUUACCACUUUUUACCCUGCUCUAUCCACCUGCACUUGGUGAUUUUCCCGAACGUUCGGAUCAUUUCCAUGUUAAAAAAAAGUGAUCUAAGUCUUCGCCUUCCCUUGUCUUACAAAGGUUACUGCUUUGCAUAUACAAGUAAAACAAUCAUCAAUUUUGGCGUUAUCUACAAAUAACUAAUCACCAUCAAUUCUCAGGUCGCCACCGAGGCAAAGUCCCACAACACAUUGACGUCCUCAAAAAGACGGAAAAGCAGCCUUCAUGGCUGCUGAAGGUCUUCACGAAUCUCUUCUUCCUCCUGCUGGUCUCCUUUCUGGGCACCAUCUUCUACGUGAUGUAUAAAAGACGCGGCAAGCCGAAGAAGAAGCCGGCCGAAGACAAGACGGCGGUGGUGAACUGGACCAAGAACAACAAGCGGAUCCGGCGGCCGAGCAAGACGACCAUGGACACGGAGGAGACCAGUCUGCGGGACGAGAGUAUUAACGGCUCCAUUUCGCACUACUCCCUGCAGCAUGUGCCCACCAUCAGCAAGGAGCAUUUGCUGAUCGAGAAGAAGAUUGGAGGAGUGAGUGUUGCGAUUUGAUCAUGUUUUUUGUUGAUUAGAACAUUCGAAAUGGCCUUAUUUGCUGACUUUUUCCCAAAUCACCUUAUAACAUCUUUUCAGGGACAAUUUGGCGAUGUGUUUUCGGGUGAAUGGCUCGUUAAACAUGUCCCAGUGGCGAUAAAAAUGCUCCACAACGUGCAUGUGGACGCUCAAAUGGACAAAGAGGCCGGAAUGCUCUCGGAACUCGACCAUCCGAACGUCGUGAAGAUGUUCGGGGUCUGCCGAAUGAGCGAUCGGAAUUUGGCAAUGGUCUUGGAGCUGAUGAACCUCGGCGACUUGAAGACGUAUGUAGCGGAGAGGAAACCGAAAUGCGACAACUACUCGCAAUUCCCACCGGCGUUAGUUCGCACGGAACUGAUCGAUAUCGCUAAACAGGUAGGGUGGAAGGAGGUUUUGAAGUUUUGUGGAUUUAAAAUUGACGGAGGAAGGGACACGGGGGCAUGGGAGAAAAGUUUAGAACAUGACUAAAAAAGACUUCCAAUUUUUUCUUUGCAGAGGCAACAGUGAUUUUUAAAAUAGUUCAAAAAGUUGUAGAGGAUUUGAUAUUUCUUGCGAGUUUUUUAAUUAAAAAUUACAUUCGCUUCCAAAGAAAAUUCUUUCUUUCCAAAGGAAUUUGUUUCCAAUGCCUAAUAUGAGCCUUAUUUCUAUCGUAGAUGAUAAUAUUUCCACAAAAAAUAAUUGUUUUCCGCGUAAUGCUGGCAAUGAUAUGGCCAAAAACUUUUUUUUUUCUCUGACCGCUCUCCGCGUUUUAGCGUACUUCCUCAUCUAAAAAAAGGGGCAUUUGCGUGGAGACAAGUUCUGAGGAUUUUUUCACCCUUACAAACCAAAAUUAGGCAGGUAGUUUUUACAUAUUCUGAAUCAGAAAAGUUUUGCGCUUUUUUGAUAUAUGUCUUGACCUGUAAGUCCAUACCCCCUUAAAGGUACUUUCCUUGUCAGACAUGCUGGUAAAAAAUCUGGACGUUUACUUCCCUUUAAAUUUCUCUCCAAUGAAAAUUAGAGAUUCUAAAUUCCUUUUUUUAGGUGUGCACUGGCCUUGCCUACAUCUCAUCCCAGCAAAUCGUCCAUCGAGAUUUGGCGGCGAGGAAUUGCCUCGUCUCCGGCGACACUGACAUCCGAGUUUGCAACGCUGCUUUCCGUCCUCCGAUCACCAUCAAAAUCAGCGAUUUUGGCAUGUCGAGAAGGUAAACUUUCAUCCGUUAUUCUCUUCAAUUUUCAGCUCUAUUAUUUCCCACAUAAUAAUCGCUGGAGGAUACGUUUUCCUUUGCGAUUAUUAUAUUAUUCUCCGAUCGCAAACAAACCGAUGAUCCAAUUAACCCACUAUUUUUAGGAUCUAUUCACACGCCGAGUAUUAUCGCUUAUCGGAUAAGCAAACAGCGCUGCCGGUCCGCUGGCUGCCUCCGGAAUGUGCCAGCGGCAAGUUCACGACAAUGUCGGAUAUUUGGUAAGCGCUGAAUUCGAGGAAUUCUUAUAGUGGGGACCUGAUCUAGUAGUAAAAAACGUGCCAUUUUGCAUCCGGGAAGUAUCAAGAAUGUGGCAAAAUGCUUCCCUCUCCAAGUAUAAAAACUUUGUUAUGAGAGGUGCGCUUUUGAAAUCUGAGUUUUUUCACUUGGAGAGGGUGGUAAUUUGCCACAUUUUUAUGCUUCCUGGAUGCAAAAUGGUGUGUUUUUUGCCACUGGACAUGUCUCUUGUCAAGCAUGAUAAAACAACCUAUAAUAUGAACUUUCAGGUCAUUCGGAGUUGUUCUCUACGAGAUCUUUACCUUCGGCAACAUGCCCUAUGGCGAUUUGUCCAACGAAGAGGCCAUGUGGGCAAUCUUGAAGGGAGUGAAGCCGCAGAUCCCCACUGGAGCACCCGAGCCGAUCAUCAACGUGAUGACCGACUGUUUCAACGACCGGCCGGAGGAUCGGCCGGUCGCCGAGGACCUGCUCAUCCGCUUCAAGGAGAUGCAAUAG